UACAUAACUUGUACUGCCAGACCUCCUACAAUCAUGAGAAGUGGUGUUUCGUUCAAUCCUGACAAGGAUAUUCCCGACCUCUCCGGAAAGGUCAUCUUGGUUACUGGAGGCAAUACUGGGUUAGGCCUUGAGACCGUCCUGCAGCUCGCAAAGCACAACCCUGCGCACAUCUAUCUUGCAGCAAGGUCGGAAGAAAAAGGCAACCAGGCCAUCAGGGAGGUCCAAGAGAAGGUUCCCAAUGCACCGCCCAUCACUUUCCUCCGUCUUGAUCUAGGCUCCCUCGAGAGCACGAAAGCAGCCGCUGCUUCAUUCCUAGCCUCAUCAGACCGCCUGGAUAUUCUGGUUAACAAUGCCGGUAUAAUGGCCGUUCCGGAAGGUCUCACUAAGGACGGAUACGAAAUUCAGUUUGGCACCAACCACCUCGGCCACGCUCUCCUCACCAAGCUCCUUCUACCAACCCUCAAAGCGACCGCCGCCAACAGCUCUUCUGACGUAAGAGUCGUGUUCCUCUCCUCCUCUGCAGGGAGCAUGGCGCCCAAGGACUCGUACCAUCUCGAUAAGGCCAAGACGACGAUGCCCCAUCUCGGUACCUGGACUCGCUACGGCCAGUCUAAGCUCGCAAACAUUCACUACAACGCAGCGCUUGCGAAACGCCACCCUGACAUCAAGUUCAUCAGUCUUCACCCUGGAGUGGUGAAGACCAAUCUAAGUGACUCGUUUAUCAACAACUCUGGUGCACUGUUGGCUGUGGUGUUUAGGUUUAUUGGUAAUAUGACAUCCGUGAGCGUUGAGAAUGGAGCCUUGAACCAACUCUGGGCUGCGACUAGUCAGGAUGUGGAAUCUGGAGUCUUUUACUAUCCGGUUGGGGUCACGGGCAAGGGUUCGGCGCUGAGUAAUAAUGAGAAGGUUCGGGAGCAGUUAUGGGAAUGGACGGAGAAGGAGCUUGAAUCAUAUGUUCUUUAG